ACCCACUUCUACAACACUUUCACAAAUCCUUAUGCAUCCAGCUGGAUUUGCACAGGACCUACAAGGAAAACUGUUCUGUAUUUAACUGUUCUGUAUUUGUCUGUCAAAGCAGAACACAGACGCAGGGAGCAAAUCAUAGAGAGGGGAUGUCACAGCGUUCAUCAGUCAGCAAGAAAGAGGCUUUAUACCCUGACUGACCACUGGAAAAAUUAACAAGACAAAAGGACCCAUAGCUGGACGUGGAAGAAAAUAGAAUAAUAAGAGAACUUCAUGCCAUCAGUCUCCUAUAUUUUCCUUUAGGAUUGUUUUUCAGAAACUUGGCACAAUGAAUCUGGGAAGCUUGCCAGUCAUAAAAAGUAUAGUGUCUCGCUCAAAAAGAGAACGCAGAGUGGAACUGACUGCUGACAUGAUCAGCCCCCCUCUGGGCGACUUUCGCCACACUGUUCACGUUGGCAGGAAAGGAGAAGUCUUUGGGGAUGCAUCCUUUCUCAACAAAUUUCAAGUGAAACACAAGCACAGCCGUUGGGGUCAUUUAACCAAAAAUUUGCGCCACACUAGGUGGGUGUCUUCGGGACAGCCAGAUAUUGGCGUUCCUAUUAGUCAACCACCCACUGUCUCCCCUAUCCUUAAGAAUGCUGUAUCUCUACCACUACUUACCAACCGCAGCUGGGAUGAUAGAGAUGAGGAAGACUGGAAGAGUUUGACACAAAGCCCUUCAGGUAAUUUUACAGGAUUAAACUCUGCCUUCUGCACGCUACCCCGUCAGCCCUGCUCAAAGGGGACACCAGACGAUACAAGUCAUCAAAUGACCAAAGGCGACUCUGCCAGUGCUGACUAUUUUGAUGCCAACGAACAUAGCCUUUGUAGUGAUACUGUGGAACCUUCCACCAGUCUCUGGCACCCAGAUUCCAUGGAGUCCUUAAUUAUGGAUUUUGGUCCAUCACUCAUGAGUGAAAUAUUAAACAAAAUCAGCUUUUCCAGUGAUUCUCCAGAAACAGGGACACUUAAUAAUUGUGGCUUAAAUGAACAAAACAAAUCAUCAACCAACCUUCACAACUCUAUGACAAUGAGCACUUCUGUGGACCAUAGCUACUUAGAACCCACCCAAUCACAGAUACAAUUACAAGAAACAAAAGAACAUGCCAGUUGGAAACAAGUAAAUGUAAAUGAUGAAAUGGAGUUGGGUAUAAAGGAAGAUGAAGAAGCCACACAAAUCACUAAGGACUUUUGGGAGGACAGUGAUGAUGGAUCUGAGGUAGAGAUGUAAUUAAUUCUGGAAAUGUAAAUUUGGGUUUAUUUUCAUUUUCUAGGAAACAAAGCAAA